ACUUGGGAAAAUGGUUCUGUGCCACCAGCAGCCCGGAAAUUCCUGGUGGUUUUGUUGCUUUCCCUUGACCUGCCUCAAGUAAAGCUCAAAGGAAAGGACUUAACGAAGCCUUUUCUUGCUCCAUCUCAGCUGUGAGACUGAAAAAUCACAGUGCCUCCAGGAAAGGCUGAAAAUGGGAUGGGCAUCUCUAAUCUCCAGCCUCCACAGCUGUCCAACCUCUACUUCCUGGAGCAAUCUAAGUUAAUGUAUGGCCUGAAGCCCUGCUGGGAAGGGGCUGGGUCUCAGCGUAACCAAUGGUGUAGAACCAGGAAGAGCAAUCUCUCACCUUUCUGGUCACUUGAGAGAGAAAGGAGCUUGGACAGUCACUCUUCAUGGCAGCCAGGACGCCUCUGGAAAUUCUCCAGGAUGAAGCCCGCUGCUCCAUCUGCCUGGAAAUAUUCCAGGACCCUGUGUCCAUCCACUGCGGGCACAACUUUUGCCGGUCGUGCAUCACUCGGACUUGGGAAGGACAGAACACCAACUUCUCCUGCCCCCAGUGCAGGGAGAUGGAGGAUCAGAUGAGCCUCCGCCCCAACAGGGAGUUGGCCAACGUGAUUGAAGCAGCCAAGAGAUCAAACAAGGAACCAGCCAGAGAGGUGGAAGGAGGGGAGAACUUGUGUGAGAAACACAAGGAACCCCUGAAGCUCUUCUGCCAGGAAGACAAAAGGCUCAUCUGCCUGGUGUGUGACAGAUCCGAGGUGCACCGUAACCAUUCUGUGGUUCCCGUAGAUGAGGCUGCCAAGCAGUACAAGAAACAAAUUCAGACCCAACUGCACCUUCUGAAAUCAGAGCAAGAGGCGCUACAAUCUUCUGUGAUGGACAGACUAGACAGAAUCCAGGACCACACUCUGGAGCAGCUGGACCCAGAGAUAACAAAAGCUCAUGAAGAAAUCCUCCAGAGGCUUUUGGAGGAGACAACGAGCUUGGGCACGCUGAGUGAGGAGAUGGAGAGGACGUACCAGCAGCGAGACUGGCAGCUCCUGAAGGUGAGAGCCCAGGCUUUCCAAACUGGCUGGGAAGGCCCACCUUGAGCUUGGUCUCCAGCCCUCACUUUUCUACCCCAACCCACUUCAAGAGGGACUUAGAGUGGGUCCCCUGGUACUCCAAGGGGAGGUGUUCCAUCCCACUGAGUCUCUUUUUCUCUCUCCUCCAGGACAUUGGAACCACCUGGA